UUUGAAAAGAGGAGGGGUAAAUCGGGUAAAUGGGAAUAAUUGUACCAGUGACAUAACAAAUAAAAUAAAUUAAAGAAAUUAAUAAAAAAAAAAGGGGGAAGAGAAGUCAGUCGUCCCCACUGGGACUGCAGGAACCGAGUAUUGUCUCGUUCUCUGUUGUGUUCCAUCUAGUAAUCUCCAUCGCCCAAAAUGCAAAAACAAAUUCACAGACGAGAGAAAAAAUUCUUUGUUUGUUUCUCUCUACACUAUGCCUAUUUCUACGCCCCACCCAACGGAUCUUUCCCUUUUAUCUUCUCCACCUCGUGACUUUCUUCUCUCUUCUUCUCAACUAUUCUCUCUCAGUCUCAGACUCUUUGUUUUCUUUAUUGGGUAACUUAGGUUUGUUUUUCUCAGAUAUUUCCCACUUUCAUGGUGUCCUUUGCUCCCAUGGAAGUUCGAGAAUCAGAAACAGAAACAGGGAGAUAGAGUUGGGAGUUUUGAAGAGUUGUUUUUGGUUUUGGUUUGAUUUUUCUUUCUUUUUUUGGCGAGUUCUUCCGUACUGUCCCCCUUUUGGGCGAGUGACAGAAUUUCUUUUGGGUGGAUUUUCAUGGCUAGGGUUUAGGGGUUUAAGCUCAUUUCCACCAAUUUUCAGAUUUCUGAUGGAAUUUUUGAGUUUUUCUGGAGUUUCAGGGGUUGGGUUUUCUCUGAAUUCUUGAGAUUUUUUUUUCUCGGUAUCCAAACAGGAACAAUAAUGUCUUCUCCAUGUAUAAGCGGCGGUGGGAGAGCUUACAAUUUCGACCUGGAAAUUGUGAAAUCUCCAUCUUCUUCAUGGACGAGGACUUCUCAAACUUCGUCGCCUUCUUCGACGCUCUCUGAAUCAAGCAAUACGCAGCUCGCAAUCUCGACGCGGAAGUCAAGAACUCCUCGGAAGCGCCCGAAUCAAACCUAUAAUGAGGCCACGGUUUUGCUCUCUACUGUUUAUCCAAACGUAUUCUCCACCAAACAUCUUACGAAUCCACGCAAAUUCACGAAGCCACACGACUCUCUGUUCUGUGAAUCGGCGGAAUUGCUCUUACCUUUCCGUGUGAUCGAUAGUUCUGGACUAGACUGGCGCAAGUUGAUUUAUUUUUGGACAGUGGAGGAUUGUUGAGAGAAGCUAGCGUGUUACGAUACAAAGAGAAACGACGGACACGUUUGUUCUCAAAGAAAAUCAGAUACCAAGUGAGAAAAGUCAAUGCCGAUGAACGACCCAGAAUGAAGGGGCGAUUUGUGAGGAGGCCGAAUUCAAGCGCCAGCGAACAGAGGUAGACAAUAGCCUUUAGGAUUCAGAAACACUCUUUUUGAGUUGUCAACUUCCACUUUUUGAGAGCUACUUUUUACUUUAUUGCAUUAAUUAUUAUCAUCCUUUUUUCUUUUCUUUCCCUUUCUCUUUCUUUUUUGUAAUUUCUAAUUUUUCUUGUUUUCAAAUUUUUUUUAUCAAUUUCAAAAAGCUCAAUGAGAGAAAGGCCACUAAGUAGAUGGUCAAAGUUCUAAUAA